AUGCCCUCAUCAAAGAAGCUCAGUGUGGUUGAUGAUAAUAACGUGGAAGUCAAGGAUGGGUAUGAAUUUGCGCUUGGUCGUGGGCCUAGACUCAAACUCAACCUGAACUAUGGCUCAGAGUGGGUGCAUGCAUAUGUUCAGCCUCUCGAUGAGCGCCGCAAGGAUGAAGAUAUGGAAGAAAUUAAAGGAUCGCCUUUCAGACGACAACGGCGGUGGAGUUCGGUGCCUCUCAACGGUACUCUCGCUGAUGACAGCAAAGCAGAAGAAGGAAGCUAUAGAUUUGUGACGCGGAUGCUUCGUCUGUAUGGUGACAGUACUAAGAAGGAAGACUGGGAAGUGAAGCAGUCCGUUAGUUUUAGCAUUGAGUAUAAGCAAUGAGAAUAGUUGCAAUGGCUAUAGGUGGUUACACAAAAGAGUUGGUUCUGUAGUUGUUGGGCAAUUGGUAUUUUUGUGGACGUAGCAUUACCUAGAAUAACAAAUGAUUAUACUCAUACUUUUUUCCUUAUGCUAUAGCGGAUUUCUAUGAUAACAACUAUACAG